AUGUCAGAGCUGCCUCCAUGUUCAACCAUCGCUAAUCAACAGGCCAAGCGGAAACGUGUUCAUAUCGCGGGCUUGCCGCAGUCAAAGUUACGUCGCGUCUGUUUCCACUUGGAUGAGUUGGUGGAAGUGAGAGCCUACGAACAGGUUGAAUCACACGACCAGACAAAAGACAAUAGAAGCGACACAGGCUUUCCAACAGUCUCGGAUAUGGAGGUCAUCAAUGUGUAUGCAGACAUGCAACCACUUGAUCGCGCAGACUUGUAUCAGCAGUGCUGCAAAGUGUACCGCAUCAAGCCAAUUGAUCAAAUCGCUCGUCAAUUCAGAAAGAACGGACCAGUAUCAGCUCCCUUCGAGGGGCCAAGAGAAUUGAUCUUUGAGAAUAUUGAUCUGAGAGGUUUGGCGGCUACCGCUCUCGCAGACACAAUGGGGUUACCACUCACCGGCAAACACUUGGUGGAUGUAUCCUUUGUCAAUUGCGGCCUCGACGAUUCCAGUCUACGUUUGUUGCUGAGCUGCCUAUUUGCGAGCGCGAACAUCGAGUCGCUAAAAGUUGUCUACAAUGGGGACACCACAACAACAGGAUUGGCCGACGCGCUCACCUUUCUCUGUCUGUCUCCACAACUAAAACACUUUUCUUGGCUUGGCUCACAGUGGACUGAUGAGACACUGGAUGUUGCUGUGAAGCUCUUGUCAGACGGCGAGCUGCGUGCGUUAUCGGAGUUUGGCCUUGGUAGCGCCCCGGUUUCUGAGGACCAAUUGCUUCGCUUGAUCCGCGCCAUGCACGCUUCGGGUAUCAAAGGGUGUGCCCUGCGUAACAUGCACCUGACUGAUAAUAUCGCAGCGCUACUUGCGCACCUCUGCUCUUCCAAUGGCUUUCAAUUCAUCGAUCUACUAGGCUCCGGCCCUGCACCCCAAGUCUACACCUUUUUGACUGCUAUCUCGCCAAGUUCACCGCUGUUAUACCUCGAUCUUGAGGGCUGUAAUCUUGAUACAAGGACUUUGGAACAGCUCAUGCACCUUAUUGGACGCCUACCAGAAUUGAGGGCGCUCAACCUCGCUCAAAGCGAUAUCCGAUGUAUUCUUCCACAACUCAAAACGACGCUCAGACAAUGGAAGCAAUUGAGAAGAAUCAAUCUGUCCUCCACUCAGCUAACGUCUGACGAUGUUGUGUCGCUUUGCGAGGUAUUCUCGCAACAUCAGCUAUCAUUGCUGGUCUUAACUGGCCUCAGACUGGAUGAGGCGGCGCUGAGCACAUUGUUGGCGCUUGCCAGGGUCUGCAAAAGUCUUGUCAGUCUGGAAAUUGAUGCACCCGAGACCUCAGCUGGCGAAGAGAUUGUGAGGAAAAUUGUUGCAGAAUGCUUGCGCAACAUCGGCCGAGUCGAAAUGGAUCAUGCAGAGGCCGGACCAAAGCCAGAUUCGCGAUCGCUGCAGACGGCUAUGCGGCAGCAGCUAGAGUCUGCUGAAGUACAAUCUCGCAGACCCAGUGUCGAAGCUGUGAACCUGGCUGCUGGAGCACAAGGUGUUGUCAACGCACUGGAACUUUUGCUCGACCAAGACGAUGCCCCUGGCGCAUCUUUGUUGCCGCUCGACUUGCUUGAUAGGGCUCGUCAGCUCAGUAAGCGUAUCGAGCCUCUUCUUGAGGAGGCUACAGACGAGAUCGAGCACCGCCGCAUGGAGCUGGUCAUGGCAACUCUGCAUCGUGUGAUUCUUCGGUUCGAAUCAAUGUACCCAAGUGCUCGUCUCGACGAGGAAAAGUACACGGCAGAAUUCGACAAGACAAGUCGUUCUUUACACACCGGCAGAAAGAUGGCAGAUUACCUCCCUCAACACACUGGCAGCGCAAACCGUAAGUCGCGCGUUCUCGAAACUGAGGAAGGUGAAAUCAUGCGCAUGGCGCACCAGAUGUCGCAACGUUUGAAUAUUCUGCGCUCUGCUACGAGCAGUCCGUCAAGGGGCAAUUCAGCAAGCGCCUCACGCGGCGAGCUGGCAGACGCCCAAGAAGCGGAAUUGUUGGAGCGCCUCAAUUCCGCGGAUGGUUCCGAUUUGAAGGCUAGGCUAUAUGAAUUACAGCAGCAAGGUUACAGGUACGAUCGCCCUCUGGGUCAAAGCAUUGAGUGA